CUUCUUCUUAUUGUUAUUAAUAUUAUUCAUAUUAUUAUAAUUAUGCUAUAUGUCAUCACCACCAAUUUGCUAUUGUAUACCUAGUCACUUUAAGUCUCUUCUUUAAAGGCAGGAAUGUAAAUCCAGGGGGAUUAGUGAGAACACACUGGGCUGUAAACCCUUCAGUAGCUCUCCAAGGGGUCUCUGCCUCAGUGCGUAAAGUUGGGACGGGGCUCCGGACGCACAGCGCAGCACUUUAUUAUCCCACGGGCUCCAUGUGCGUCACCUCUGCGGGAUACUUGACAAGGAUUUUUGAUAUUUUGAAAGUAGUAGCCGCGCGGGUAACUGACAGAUGAAAAACAUUGGAGCUUUUGCUGAUGUGAAGGCGUUUUCAGCUUGAACAAAUCAUCUGUCCCGGAGCGCAGAGGGGACAUGGGUCAACUUUAUGGUGCGUCUCUUUUACCGUUUGGCGCUAUCUGUGUUGUUUUCCUGUGGGAAUCUGGUGCCAGCUCUAUCAGGACGACGCUUGCAGUGGACACCUCGAGAACGGAGUGUCCAGAUAAUAAGAUCUUGACCGUGGAGUAUCCCUGUGUCCGAGCUGGGGGGAAGAACAGCACUUGUUUCAGGAGGAAAUGCUGUGACGGAUUCAGGUUUGUGAUGGGCCAGUGUAUACCUGAAAGCGUGGAUGUGUGUGCGGCGUCACCCUGUGAGCAGCAGUGCACUGAUAACUUUGGAAGAGUUGUCUGCACAUGUUAUCCUGGCUAUCGCUUCGACCGAGAAAGACACCGUAAUCACAAAUCUCCUUACUGUCUGGACAUUGAUGAGUGUGAGCAGCCAGGCGGUAACAUGUGUGAUCAUGAGUGUGUGAACACAGUGGGCAGCUUCCUGUGUCGCUGUCGAAGCGGCUAUAUACUGUCACCGGACGAACGCUCCUGCAUCUCUGUACACAACUUGAGUUCAUCGGGGAAGUCAGAUACCUUGAUGAGUGCUGGUACCUGCUCGUUGACCUGUCAGGAUUUUAUGAACAUGAAAAACAGUUUGCUGCAGCUAAAAUUAAAAUUGGGCAACACACAGUCCCCCAACCAGGUAUCUGGCCUGGCCAACAGCAGUGACAAGCCAUCUCUGGGGAGGACAGGAAAAAGUCCAGAUAGCUCGUGUCUUCCUGGUCUUCCUGGUCCUCCAGGAGCUCCUGGGGUCCCAGGACACCCAGGAGAACCAGGAAAAAGAGGGGACCCAGGAGAGAGAGGCCAACCUGGCCCUUGGGGUCCACGGGGAGACAUGGGACCCAUGGGUCCAGAGCCUGACCUGAAGCACAUCAAAAGAGGCCGCAGGGGCCCAGUGGGACCCCCUGGGGCACCAGGAAGAGAUGGACUAAAGGGUGACAGAGGAGCUCCUGGUCUCAGAGGUCCACCUGGACCACCCGGCUCCUUCGACUUCCUUCUGCUAAUGAUGGCUGACAUCCGCAAUGACAUAAUUGAACUGCAGGAGAAGGUGUUUGGGGAGCGGCGAGGCAUCUCUCUGGACAAUCCUCCUCAUUCCAGCGGGGAAAUGGACUUUGUAGAGUGGGGCUCUGGACAAGGAGACCUCAUGCUCAAUACCUGACCUUUGACAACUCACUCAGUAACAAUCACUCAAACCCAGCAAAACAAACAUCAAACUUGACUCUUGAAGGAUGCUGGUGUUCAAAGUGCCAACAUGUAGAUAAUUUCUCACAGCCGGGAUAACCUGAGCAUGGAGCCUUGAUUACGCUCUCAACACUGCCACAGACAGUAAAUCAGAGAGAAACAAGGAUUAUAAAAACAGAAAUUGGACCACAGACUCUGUUAACUACUGCAAGCACCUUGUGGCUGCCUUUCAUAUGCUGUGGUGUGAAUGAGGGAUGAAUGUGCAGGACAUGGAGUGAGAAAAAUGUAGUGAGUGCCUUUAUGUCUGAGACUCUAAGCUGAACCACUUCAAACGAUGAACUUUAUCGUCUACAUCUCUUCCUGUUCCCGAGUCUGUCCAUGGAAGCUCUGCUGUCACUGACAGUUUGCCUGCAGGGCAUUGGUACAAAGGACCAGGACCUUCACUGAGAGGCCUCCCCUGCACCUGUCUGCAGUAUCCAUCCCUCGAGUCUGAGCCCUGGAGCCGUUCUCCCCUCUGAGGCGUCUUCAGAAACUGAUUCAUUAUUCAUUCAUUGUACAAUCUCAAUCCUCUACUGUUGCACAAAAAAACAGAUGUGUUUUUGAAAUUGUACAAUUAGAAAACUCAAAUGUUGUCAAAUGCCAAGUAUGUAAGGCACCCAAUCUUUGGUCAGUAUAUUUUAAAGAAUCCGCUCAUAUCUGCUGCUUAUAAAUAACAUGCAUAUUAAAUAUUACUUAAAAAGGUUGUAGAAAAUCAAAACUUUAAAUUAAAAUGAUGACAUGGAUUUAUGUAUUGUGAGUUGCAGAUAACUACAUUUUACAGUCACUUUUAUAACCCAUAUAUCAUCAGGCCAGUUGACUGUGAGUGUCAUAUUUUGACUUGGAAGUUUUUUGUUUUUUACUGAAGCAGCUGCCAACAAGAGCUAACUCACUGAUCAAUAAAGUUUUCUCUGAAUCUAGA